UGAAUUUUUUCUGCGGAAAGAACCAAAAUGUAAAAAAGACGGCCCACUUCCCCUUACUCUCCUCUCUCCGUGCCCUCCCCGCCGCCGCCGCCCCCUCCCGUCCGCACCUUUGCCCCGGCCGUCGUCUCCCGCGGAAGCAGGGGUUACUCGGGGCACGUCCCACCACCACGCCAUGUCGGCGGCGGCGCGGGUGCUGCCGAAGGCGGUGACCUUCGUGACGGGCAACGCCAAGAAGCUGGAGGAGGUCCGCGCCAUCCUCGGCUCCUCCAUCCCCUUCCAGUCGCUCAAGCUCGACCUGCCUGAACUGCAAGGGGAGCCAGAGGACAUAUCCAAAGAGAAAGCAAGAAUGGCUGCAUCUCAGGUGAAUGGGCCCAUACUGGUUGAGGACACGUGCCUAUGUUUCAAUGCCCUCAAAGGCCUACCAGGACCCUACAUAAAGUGGUUUCUUGAGAAGAUUGGCCAUGAAGGUUUGAACAACCUUUUAAAAGCUUAUGAAGAUAAAUCAGCAUUUGCUAUGUGCAUCUUUUCUCUUGCUCUUGGACCAGGAGAGGAACCAAUCACGUUUGUCGGAAAAACUGCGGGAAAAAUAGUACCCGCUAGAGGGCCUAGUGAUUUUGGAUGGGACCCUGUAUUCCAGCCAGAUGGUUUUGAACAAACCUAUGCUGAGAUGCCCAAGUCAGUGAAGAAUGAAAUAUCUCACAGAGGGAAAGCUCUUGCUCUGGUGAAAGAACACUUUGCAUCAGCCAACUAUACAGUUCAGAGCGAUGGCUCGGCUUGAAUGUGUUUUUGCUUCCCACAGGGUCGAACAUCACAUUGUGGAAUGUAAACUGAACUAGUUCUAGUGAAGAUUGUGCUUGAUUGAUUCCACAGAUCGUAUUUGAUUGGGCAAUAGUUGGUGCCGAUUAUGAACUCAA